CGACCAGACGUAGUAGACGAAAAGGCCGGCCACCAACGCAUGACGAGGGGUCGGGGACACGUCAGGGGCGGCGCAAUAGCCGUGGCGUUGUGCUCUCAACGACAAAUCGGCAUGCAAGCAGCAUGAAUUUGACUUCAACUGUCGAGCAUCGACUUCCAAGACAAGGAUCCACCGUCUGUGCUCUGGCUCUAACAUGGCCCCUCAUGCUUGGAUACCUGUACCUGCAGAUGCAUGCCAGCGCAUCAUUGAACAGAAUAUUUUUGAUCUGCAGAGGGCCUUUCACGUCACCGUGCGCCUUGAUGGGGGCAAAAUUCUGGUCGCCGGCCAACGACAGAAGGAAGUUGAUGCAAUGCGGCGCUUCUGUGAAGACCUUUGCCGGCAGGCCAACAUCGAAAGCGGCUACUACUUCGUGGCCAAGGCGCACGCUCUCAAAUGGCUGGAAGGCGACUCUGACAGCAGCAGCGACGAGGAGUUUGAUGUUGAUGCAAUGGCCGCUCAAAUUGAAGGCCGCUCAGCCAAGCCGGCAGACGUUGGCAGUCAGAACUCCGCUUCUGGGCAUGGAGCUUUCUCACAGGCAGCAGGUCGACGACCAUCUCCAUCGGCAGGAUUCAUCGCCAGACACGAGCAGGACUCAGAUUCCAGGCGCGGGGCCUUCACCUUCCCACAGGCACAAGGUCAUCGACAAUCCAUGCCGGCAAGAAUCAUGCUCAGACAAGAGCAGGCCCCCGCCUCCACGUUUAACGCCGUCCCACAAAUGGCAGAUCCUUGGCGGCCUAGUCAGACACGCGCAGAAACCGCAACUCGGUCAUCGAAUGAUUCAGAGCCAUACCCUGUGGGUGAUACGGCCACGAGCUUAUAUCGUGUGUCAGGACAGCGCUGGGACCGGGCCCCAACACACAACAGGAUAUCGACCCCCCCAUCUGUCGUUGCAGGUGCGAGAAGGCUUCCUCCUGAAGAACACAGGCUUCCUCCUGAAGAACACACCAAGACUGUUUUCGUCACUAGCACCGCACCGCAAAGGCAACAAGCUCAGUACAGCGUCGUAGAGGAGGAAGAAUGGAACAUGGGCAACCUGGCUGCCGCUCUCACAGCUCAAGAACCUCAACCUGCAGUGCCCAGAGACUCUGACGCUACACCAGCGACCUCGAUCUUUAUUGAUUUUUCCAACAUGAGCAUUGGCGCUCAGGAAGUGAAGUGCCGAGGGAGAGAGCUUGAGAGUGACAUCCGCCUGCUUUUUGACGUUGAGAAGCUAGUCGAUAGGCUGGAAAAGACAUACAACAAUUUCAACGUGCGCUUUGUGGCUGGCCGACGCAACCUGAAUGAGUAUUACGAAGCGUUUGCGCGUUGCAAUUAUCAAGUGGCCGUCGCCGAUUAUGAUGAUGGUCGCCGAGAGCUUUUCGUGGACACUGCUAUUACCAACGAGAUCCAAGGCGUUUUGCUCACGUCCCCAUGCCCGGGUUACAUUGUGAUCUUGACGGGGGAUGGGAAUGACAAUUCUGGGCGAAGAUCAUUCUAUGACUGCAUUACAUCGGCCUUGGAACGCGGCUGGGUUGUGCACCACUUCUGCUGGCGCCACUCCCGAAAUCAUCGCUACAACAAGCUGCAACGGAGUUACGGUGCCUUAUAUCGACUCGAAUUUUUAGAUGAUUUCUAUGACGCCUUUGUCCACGAGAAGUCUGACUUCUAG